AUGUCACUUUCAUGUUUGAAUCGUCUUGAGAAAAUUAACAUUGGCCUUGUGGGUUCGAUGCCAUCUAGCAAUCUAAAAUUUUCAUCCAAUCGUUGCGUAAGAUUGAAACAGAGAUCCAUGUCCAUAUGUUUCAUCUAG